ACCCGCCCCUCUAAGCCGUGGGUUUGGUUGCACACAGGCUGCAGUUUCAGUUUGUUUUAUUCACCAUUUUGAGUAGCUGAAGGGAAAAAAUUUAAGAAUAUUUGCGUUUGGAGGACAAGUCGCUGUCGUCUUUUUAUUUUCACGCGCUAGUUCGGACGGUGGAGUUGUGCACCAGGCUCGCUCCCCUCGGUGUUUUGCAGAGCGGGAACCGAUAUUUCUUCCCCCCCUGUGCUUUUUUUUUCUUCCCCCCAUCCUUAACCUCUACAGUAUUCCUGCAAAAUGUCAAGACCAGUGAGGAACAGGAAAGUGGUGAACUACUCACAAUUCAACGAGUCGGAUGAUGCGGAUGAGGAGUAUGAUGACAGUAAGCCUAAGAAGGUGCGCGCAGCCCCUCGUGAGCCCAAGCACAAGCGUUCAAAGAACUCACAGGAUGACAGUGAGGACUCUGAUGACAAGCUCUCUAAACCCAAAAAUGAUUCAGCAGCGGAGGACUUUGGCAGUGAUGAAGACAAUGAAUUUGGAGAGGAAGAAGAUGAAGAUGGAGGAAGUGACUAUGAAGAAAAAAAAGGGAAAAAGGGAAAGAAAGCCAAGGUUGAGAAGCCCAGCAAGAGAGGGCCAAAGAGAAAACGGGCUGCAGAAGACAGUGAUGAUGAGCGGGAAGUGAGUCGAAAGCGUACAGUGCGUCAGGCGGCUUCCAAGGCUGUGUCCAAACAGAGGGAGAUCUUGCUGGGCGACGGAGGCAGCGAGGACGAGGAGCACGAAGACCAAGAGGAGCCCUACCUGGACCCUGAUGAGUCUGGCAGUGAUGAGGACUUCAUGGUGGAGGAUGAUGAUGACAGUGACUAUGGUCACUCCAAGAAGAGAAGCAAGAAGGUGAUUCGACGGGGACGGCCGGACAAGAAAGAGAAGAAAAGCCCCAAACCCCGAUUAAAGGCCACAGUGACACCCAGCCCGAUGAAAGGAAAAGGGAAGGGCCGUCCCAGCACCAAGGCCGUGGAGAAGAGCUCACCCAAAGAGGAGGAGGAGGAGGAGGAGCCCGAGAGUCCCCUGGAGGAGGAAGAGGAGGAGGCCGAGAAGAAAGAGACCUCCCCUGCCCCCAAAACGACAAAGGAGGCUGCCGGAGGAGAUGAAGAGGAGGAAGACGAAGAGGAGGAGGAUGGCUCAGAAGAGGAGGCACCCUCUGGAGAAGACUAGAAGAUGGUACAUGUUUGAAGCCCAUCCUCCAUGUCUCUCUCUCUCUCUCUCUCUCUCUCUCUCUCUCUCUCUCUUCUCUCCUUCUCUUCUCUAUGUUUUGUUUUGGUUUUUUGUUAUUGUUUUCCUCCUGGUGGCCUGGCUCAAUGGUUUGGACUUGGUGGGCUUUUUCUUGUUUGCCCCCCCCCUUACCCCCCAACUCGGACAUUGUGCUCAUGUGAUCAUUUAAGAGGAGCUUUACUGUCGACAUUCAGCCCCACCCUCCUUUUUUUCCGCAUUUCAGUGUAAAUCUGAGUUUUUAUUUUGCCCUUCCAAGAGCUGCAUCCUUGUUAGCAUCCGUCCUGAGUAUGAACUUGCAAGUUCACCAGUGUGGGUUUGUUUUUUCUUCUUUUUUUCCCCCUUUUACAUGGAUCAUCAGUGAUCUGGCAUGACUGGCCACACUACUUUUUCCUUCUUGACUUUUCAGAAUACUGGGAGUAUUUUUCAGAGCUCCUCAUUGUCAACAACUAAAGCGCUGUAUUUACAAAGCCAACACACACGGGGCUGAAGCUUUUCCUCUCUCUUCUCUGGUACUUGUGCUUUUAAACCAGGAGAAUGUUUUAACAGGACGACUUCAGUUAUUAUUUUUGUUAGCCUUUUUCUUUUUUUUUCUUUUUUUUUUUAAACAAAAAAAAAACAAAAGAAAAAAAAAACUUUUAAAGCUGUUCUUUCAGUCACAGCAGCAAUUUUUGAUUUUAUCUAAAUAUCACCCGCCUCUUUCAGAUGAUUCCAUGCCGUGAACUCUUGUGUGGCUGCUGUGUGGGGAAGUGAAGCGCAUUAUUUUGAUAAGUAUUCCACUUGUAGCGGCUGCUUGUUAGAUCAAACAGCCUGAGGUGUGUUAGUGUCAGAGUGGUGGGUCGCUGCUGCCACUAUCACACCAUAUCAUGCUAACAACACGUGUGUGUGUUCUUUAUAUGUACUUGUUUAACUCUGUAUGCCUGUGGGUUACUUCCUGUAAGAGGGUGUGGCUUUGCUCCUCUCUCAGUCCAUUGGCUGCCUCUGUGAAACGGUUUUUGUUGUUAUAUGUUAGGCUUUCUAAUCAUGCACCAUGCUGCGUGAAGCAACCCACACCUUCUCACCACACACUAACCUCCCCCUCCCUGCAUGGCUCCAGCAUCCUCUCAUUCAACCUGUUGUGCCAGGCAACCCCAUAUCUUUUUUUUUUUUUAAUGCAAGAAGAGAUGUUCCCUUUUUUCAUUUACCUUUUGAGAGUUAAAAAAUGAAUGUUGUUUUUUUUGCUCCUGUUGGUUCAUUGUUCUAAUUCUCUAUUCAGAUUUUUUUUGUAAUGUUUGUUUUUUAAGAAAAGAAAUAAAAUGUAUCUUGAUUUUAAAGAAAAAAGUCGACCCUAUCCAAUCUGUUCCGUGUGAUGGUUGGACCAGCCAUCCCUUCCUGAUUGCUCCUCCCUUGAAUCCUUUCUUUCUCUGUCCCCUCUCUUCAUCAGCUUAAUGGUUACUGUUGGUAUCCAUGUCAAUUUGUUUAUUCCAACUCUUUGUUGCUCACAUUAGUGUUUCACAAGCUGAUACAUUUUUAAAUGCAGACUUGUACAGCACUGAGGUUCAGGAAGGUGAUGAAAAUGAUGAAGUGGGCAGCUCGCUAUGAAUCUGGUGUUCAUUUGUCUAUUAAUGCCUUAAUUUUAAUUGAGUUAAGUUUUUCAGUAGUGGCUCUGAUAUCACUGGAGGCCUGAGAAUGUAAUUUGUCCUCAUGUUUUAGGUCUUUGCUACAAACAACAAACUGGGCUCGGAACAACAAUUUGUACGAUCAGCAGACCAUCCAAAGCCAUAAAUGAUCUCAAAACUAGUGAUUCAGAGAUCAGGUGCAGCACUUGUGAGACUUUUUUGCGACAAGUAGUGUAUGAUGUCAAAGCAAAAACAAAAGUGGGGAGAAAAAAGUUGCUAUUAUGGUCUUGUUUAUUUGGUGUUUGUCAGGAGAAAUUCUGAUUGGUCCCCGAGAUUGAAACAGUAAUCUGCAGUCCUGGAUGAGUACAGGACUCAUUUGAACCUGGUCCCUGGUUCAGAAGCACAUUUGAUUGUUCUUUAACUGUCAUUCGCUCGUAAUUGUUUUUUUUUUAUAUAUAUAUUUAUAUAUAUAUAUAUAUAUAUAUAUAUAUAUAUAUAUAUAUAUAUAUAUAUUCAGGUCCCAAAUUGGCACCCGGUCCUUAAUGUCAGUUUGAGACAAUUGGAUACAUAAGACAAAAAAACAGGGGGGAGAAAAAGAAAAUGUGUUUAUACUAAUGUGAAGCUCUGAGAGCUCUGCAGUAGGAUCAGAUAGUGUCUUGUAGUUCACAGCACUGAGGGCUUCGAAUGACGGCCCUUGCCAUCAUCCCACAGGAGGCACAUGGCAUAAGGCUAUGAAUUUCUCCUAUGUCAUCCAUUUUACAAUUUCCUCUGUUUAAAUGUUUUUGGAUGUUUCAUUUUUCUAUCUUGCUUCAGUUAUACUGGCAAUGUAAAAAUGUAAGCCAAGUUGUGAUUCUUACUGAAGACCAAGUGGAGAAGCUUUUUUUGUCAGUGGUGUGGAAAAAGGAACGCUGAACUCUUGAAUCUUUUGCAUGUUGUGGAAAAAGUGCGAAGCAAUGAUGAUACUGGUGAUUGCAAUGGCAAUAUUGUGGUCUUACAAAAAAAAAGUAUUAAUAACGAUGAUGUUGAUACUGUUUUGGUUUCCCAGCUUCUAAUAAAGGCAACCUACUUUUUA